AUGACAGACAGUUUGGCACAAACCCAAGCUCCGACCGCGGAAUCGCAGCCCGCACACCAGCACCGUGGCAAUCGCCGGCGCGGGCGAGGGGGUCCUCAGUCUGGACCUGCAGACUCGCACCAGCAGUCCGAUGGCCGAAAUGACGGUGUUGGCAGGGGUUCCAAGUCCCGCGGUCGUGGCGGACGAGGAGGUCGAGAUAGACCCAACCGUCAGCAGAACAGGGGCCAACUUGCCGAUUCAACGGAUGGUGCUGGCGAUGCGCCUUCGUCCACGGUCGCCGACACGAAAGCCAAACUGAUCCCUACGCCGGCGGCAGACGAUGCCGACGAUGGAGAGGUCUGUUUCAUCUGUGCCUCGAAAGUCGAUCAUACGUCGGUCUCGCCGUGUAACCAUCGGACGUGUCAUAUUUGUGCGCUGAGAUUGAGAGCGUUGUACAAGAACAAGGCGUGCGCACACUGCCGGACUGAAUCUCCCUUUGUCAUCUUCACUGACGAUCAUACAAAGCGCUUUGAAGAAUUCAAAGACACGGACUUCUCGCGAACGGAUGAUAACCUGGGGGUGAAGUACGAGAAGGAUGAGAUUUUUGAAGACACCGUUUUACUAUUACGGUACAAUUGUCCAGACAAGGACUGUGAUGUGGCUUGUCUUGGCUGGCCGGAUCUACACCGUCAUGUCAAGAGCAAACAUGGCAAAGCCAUGUGCGACCUGUGUACUCGAAAUAAAAAGGUCUUCACUCAUGAGCAUGUACUGUUCUCUACGGCAGAACUGCGCAGACAUGAAAAGCACGGUGAUGAUGUACCUGGUGCGAUUGACCAGAGCGGGUUUAAGGGCCAUCCAGAGUGUGGUUUCUGCCGACAACGCUUUUAUGGAGACGACGAGUUGUAUACCCAUUGUCGCGAUAAACAUGAGCGGUGUCAUCUCUGCGACCGCCAGUCGAGCAACCGGCAACAACAAUACUACAUCGACUACGACGCCCUCGAGGACCAUUUCCAAAAAGACCAUUUCCUGUGUCUGGACAAGGAGUGCCUGGAGAAGAAGUUUGUUGUCUUCGAGUCUCAGAUGGAUCUGAAGGCCCAUCAGCUGGAGGUGCAUCCGAAUGGUCUUUCCAAAGAUGCCCGGAGGGACGCGAGGAUGGUGGACAUGUCCACGUUCGACUUUAGAUCUCCAUACCAGCCCCAGCGCCAACGACGCGGCGCUGGCCGAGGCCGCGACCCCAAUGCGGAGCCUCUUCCAAUGUCAAGUGCCCAGCCGCUGAGACGAGACGAGAUUGCCUACCAGAGACAGAUGGCUAUUCAGAGUGCCCAGUCCGUCUCAACCCGCAGUUUCGGCGGCUCGCUCACUCGCAACGAUACCCAGACUGUGCGUGCCCCCGACAGGUCUGCCGCUGGAACUCCUGUUUCCAACACCGCCGCCGCCGCUCGCCCACCUCCGCCUCCUGUGGCGGAGAUGGACAAUCUCACCCUCGCCUCAGAUACGGCCUCUCUUGCGCCACAAGAUCAAGCCCGCCGGCUACGACACUCCGCAGUCAUUGAACGCGCCUCGAACCUUCUGCGCAACGAUUCCACGAAACUUGCCGAAUUCCGCACGAGGGUUUCCAGCUAUCGUGCCUCCUCCAUCUCUGCGACCGAGCUGAUCGAUGCGUUUUUCUCCCUCUUUGACGCUCCUAGCUCCGAGCUUGGGAAACUGGUCAAGGAGCUGGCUGACAUAUACGAGGACGAAGCCAAGCGCAGUGAUCUGCUCAAGGCCUGGAGCGACUGGCGCGCCAUUAAUGAAGACUACCCGGCUCUGCCGGGCCCCAGCGGGAUUCUGCCCGGCAUGUCUCCAUCGACCGUCAGCAGUGGCGGAGGUGGUAGCCGUGUCCUCCGACUAAAAUCCUCAACUGCCCAAUCCUCGCGCUCCUCGGUUGGUCGAAGCGGCACCCUCCCAGCUUCUUACUCUUCCCCUUCUUCUUCUUCACCAUAUAACCCUUUUCCCCCUCUUUCUUCCACGACUGCGAGCUCCCGCUCGCGAAACACCGCCAGCACCACUACCCCCUGGGCUACCGCAGCGCCAGCGCCGGUCUCUUCCUCCCUCUCCAGACCUGCUACCAUCACCACAGCAAGCCGUGUAUCAUCUUCAAACUCUUCCUCCCGCGUCAUACAGCCUGCAAAUCCGCGGAGCACCGACGCAUUCCCCGCGCUGCCGACUGCCCCGAAGCCAAACGUCCUCAUGGCUGGGCUGACGCGUGGAACUGUCCGGUGGGAAGACCGGCGAGCGCCAGCGCCGAACGCGUGGGGCGGCAGCCAGGACGCAGGCCCCGGAGCUGUCGGCGACGAAGAUGCUGUCGACCAGGGAGGGAGGAAAGCACAUUACCAUUCCACCAUGGCCACGCUCUUGCCCCCGCCCAGUAAGCGCCAGAAGCUGGAGGUUGCCGAAAAGGCACGCCAGCAGCAGGAGAUUGAGAGCAUACCUGCCGAUCUUGGCAGUGUGCGUGUGCAGUUCUUCGACCAGGCCACCGGCACUGCUACGGGGCCGGCGGUCUCGGUGCCGGUCGCUGAUGCGACGGUCAAGAACCUCGAGACGUUAUUAAACACAUUACUAGAAAAUUCCGACCAGAAGGAUGGCCCGACGCUCGAUAUCCUGGCCGAUCUGUACCACUCGCUACUGAAACCGGGGUUGAAGACGACAGAGGAGACGAUACCGCUGUACUACACCCCGCAGGCGGUGUUCCGAGUGAAGGCGGUCUCGCGGUGUGCGGCAGCGAUCGCGGGUCACGGCGAGGCCAUCCUGGCGACCUGCUUCUCACCGGUCUCUUCGUCGACGAUGGUCUCCGGUAGCGGGGACGCGACAGCUCGUAUUUGGGACUGCGAGACGAACACGCCCAAGUAUACGCUCAAGGGUCACACGAGCUGGGUGCUGGCCGUCAGCUUUUCGCCCAACGGGGCGAUGAUCGCGACGGGAUCGAUGGACAACACGGUGCGGCUGUGGGAUGCGGACAAGGGCCAGGCACUGGGGGGCCCGCUCAAGGGCCACGCGAAAUGGAUCACAAGUCUGGCGUGGGAGCCGUACCAUGUGCAGCAGAGCGGGCGGCCCCGGCUGGCGUCGGCGUCCAAGGACUGCACGGUGCGCGUGUGGGAUGUGGUAUCGAAACGGAUCGACCUGGUCCUGACGGGCCACAAGGGGUCGGUAACCUGCGUGCGGUGGGGGGGCCUGGGCAAGAUCUACACGGCAUCUCACGACAAGUCGAUCAAGAUCUGGAACCCGGAGAACGGAGCCCUGCUGCAGACGCUGGCAGCACACGCCCACCGGGUCAACCACCUGGCCCUGUCGACGGACUCGGUGUUGCGGACGGCCUACCAUGACCCCAUGGGGACAGUCCCGGACUCGGAGACGGACAGGGUUGCCGCUGCGCGCCGGCGAUUCGAGCAGGCGGCCACGGUGAACAACCAGCUUGUUGAGAAGCUGGUCUCGGCCAGCGACGACUUCACCAUGUUUCUGUGGGACCCGGCUCAGUCAAACAAACCUAUUGCCCGGUUGCUGGGGCACCAGAAGGAAGUCAACCAUGUGAGCUUUUCGCCGGAUAUGGCGUACAUUGCCUCUGCUGGGUUUGACAACCACGUCAAACUCUGGAAUGCCAGAGAUGGAAAAUUCAUUACGACUCUCCGCGGCCACGUCGGCGCCGUUUACCAGUGCUGCUUCUCCGCCGACUCUCGCCUGCUUGUCUCCUCGUCGAAAGACACCACGCUGAAAGUGUGGGACGUGCGCACGGGCAAGCUGGCCAUGGAUCUGCCAGGACACCAGGACGAGGUGUUUGCCGUCGACUGGAGUCCGGAUGGGCAACGGGUCGGGAGUGGAGGGAAGGACAAGGCUGUACGGAUAUGGAGGCACUAG